AUGCUCAGAAAGCUGCACUCCCUCUUUAACCCCGGCCCGCAGAGGAAGGCGGAGGUGGCCGAGAGUGCCUUCUACGACCGAGCCGGCCCCGCGGUGAGGCUGACCCUCAGCAGCUCCAUGUACGUGGUGGGGGACCACGGGGAGACGUUCAGCGAGUCCUUAAAGAAAUACAAAAGCACCGGCAGCAUGGACACCAGCCUGUACUACCUGCAGCGGGAAGGGGACCGGGCGUGGAUGUACUCCCGCACCCAGGACUGUUUGCAGUACCUGCAGGAUCUGCUGGCCUUGCGGAAGAAGUACCUCUGCAGCCUCCAGGACCUGAAGCCGCACGGCGCCCAGGGCGUCUCCUCUACCUCCUCCAAGUCUUCCAAGAGGGCGGAAAAGGCCCCUGGCCAGUCUACCUCCCAAGAGAGAAAGAAAGCAACCGCAAAGAAAUACUCCCAGUUCAGCGCGGAUGUGGCGGAGGCCAUGGCCUUCUUUGAUUCCAUCAUUGCAGAGCUGGAUACAGAGAAGCGGCCGCGGGCCGCCGAGGCGGACCCUCCCAAUGAGGAUGUGGACUUUGACGUGGCCACCAGCUCCCGGGAGCACAGCUUGCAUUCCAAUUGGAUCCUGCGGGCACCACGCCGGCACUCUGAGGACAUUGCUGGGCACACCGUGCACGUGACAGAUAGCCAGUUUCGAAGGAGCGUGGAGCGCAGGACCUUCGGCACUCAGAGGAGGCUCGAGAGGCACCCCAUUUACUUGCCCAAGGCUGUGGAGGGGGCAUUCAACACCUUGAAAUUUAAGCCCAAAGCCUGCAAAAAAGACCUGGGGAGCCCCAGACAGAUCCUCCUCAACUUCUCAGGAGAAGACACGGAAUGGGAUGCGGAGCCCUUUGGCCUGGAGUCCCUGGUGUCUCCAGGGGAGGACUACCACGAGACAGAGAACCCCAAAGGGCAGUGGCUGCUUCGAGAGAAGCUGUGGGAACGGACAGUGCCCUGA